CCCCAACAGUAUCAGCUGCCCAAGUUUUUGAGACUGCGCUCGUCCUGCGCUCGUCCAUAAGAUCAUCCUCUCCUUUUCCUCCAGCUUCUACAUCCAACAUGCCGACAAAUGCGAAAAAACGACGGCGCGAAUCUGAAGACUGGGAUUAUGCUGAUCUUAGUGGGCCUGACCCAAUGUACAAGAGGACAGCCCCAGCAUGCAUUCCCGCGUCAUCUUCCACUACUUUCAGGGUCAACACUACCACCAAAGGCCCCGAUCCGAAUCUAAUGUCUUAUAGUUCUACCUUUGACAGCAAAGCUCCUUAUAGCUAUUCAUACACCCCCCCUACUACUUCUGUGAUGACGAUGCCAUCAGUUCCAUAUUCUUCAUACAACUACAGCUACCCGUAUCCCCAAUCCACGCACCCUCACGUGGAGCCUCAGCCCCCAGCUCAAGAGGCCCUACCACCUCCCGUCAAGAAACAAAGGAAGAAGAAAGACCCUAAUGAGCCUGCGCCAGAGAAACGCGGUGCUAUGUUCAAGAAAAAGUGUCCGCAGAAUAUUCUUGAUCGUGUAGAUAGGAUCAUGUCCCAAAGAUUUUUCAUGGUCGACCGAAAGCGUACCGGCGACGAGCUACGGAAUGUGUAUACUGUUGUCAUCGAUAAAACACCAUCCUGCAACUGCAUGUCGCGUCCAGAUGCCAACAAGGGUAAUCACUGCAAGCACAUAUUGUUCAUCUUUUUGAAAGUCCUUCAAGUCAGCCAGAGCUCCGGCUUGUGGUACCAAAAAGCACUUCUUACCUCCGAACUUCAAGAAAUAUUCGCGCAUGCGCCUCCAGCACCCAACUCUGUUACCAAUCAACGUGUCCGGGACGCAUAUGCACGCGCAACUGGCAAGGCCACCACUACUACCCCCUCUGAAGAGUCCGAGCCUGUGAAAAAGCGCCGUGCGCCUGGUCCAGAGGACGAUUGUCCCAUCUGCUAUGAGAGCAUGCACGGCGCAGACGAGAAUACCCUCAUCUGGUGCGAAACUUGUGCGAACGCCGUGCACAAGGAGUGCUUCACACAGUGGGCUAAAUCCUGUGGACGCAACAUUACUUGUGUCUUCUGCCGUUCCCCAUGGGUCAACGUUAGCACGGGUGGGCAGGCCUCCGGGAAGGGAAAGGCACCGAUGUCAGAGGGAUAUAUUAAUCUUGGUACUGUUGCGGGUUUGAGUCAAGAGCGCGAUACCAGCUCCUAUUAUCAUGGCUCUAGGCGUGGGUAUCGGCACUACGGUUAUCAAGAUUAUGAAAACCUACUUUAGGCAAAGGACCGUGUUCUAUCUUUCAUGCGUAUCCGUGAUCCGGCCCCUUGAUCUAUCAUCUCGUACAUUUUUUCUUUCAAUUUACGUCCCUUGCAUUUCAUCACAGUACAACAUCAUUUAAAUCUCUUGCACGUCUAUACGAUUGCGCCCUGCCGCCCUAAUCGUUAGUGUAUAUGUCACCGAUCGGUCCUAGUACUACUAGUAUCUUCAAAUCUUGAUUUCCAGAUCAUGCCCGCCUCGAGGCGCUCGAGUCAAUCGCUAAAGAGGGUACGUGU